AACUUUUCCAGGCUUUUCAGCCAAAUUCAAUAGAGCUAGCUGUCUUCUCUUCUAUGGCUUCAAACUUUAAAAACAAUAUACAAACGGUUGUGCAUUUAUGGACAUCCACCCAUCAGAAGGGCCGGUUGAACCUCCGCGGUUCCGUUCCAAAAUGGAUAUGGGAGGUGGGGGCCGGAUCCCCUAUGACGACUAUCCUGUGGUCUUUCUGCCUCCGUACGAGAGCCCUCCAACCUGGAUCCCUCCUCAUGAGAGAAUCUACCAUUCUGAUUACAACAAUGAACUGACCCAGUUCCUGCCUCGCACCAUUGUCCUGAAGAAGCCUCCAGGAGCUCAGUUGGGCUUCAAUAUUCGAGGAGGAAAGGCGUCUCAGCUGGGGAUCUUCAUCUCUAAGGUGAUCCCGGACUCCGAUGCCCAUCGUGCUGGACUACAGGAGGGAGACCAAGUCUUGUCAGUGAACGAUGUGGACUUUCAGGAUAUAGAACAUGGCAAGGCGGUGGAGAUUGUGAAAACCGCACGCGAGAUUGUCAUGAGAGUCCGUUUCUUCCCUUACAAUUAUCAGAGGCAGAAGGAGAGAACUGUUCACUAGAUACCCCAGCUUCCAACCUGUGGUCGUCUUUUUGCCGAGGGCUCACUUACCAAGCUCCAGCUGGACCCUACCUUGUUUUGAUUUUCAAAACAGCUGGUACUGGAGAGUUUGAUUUUCGGUGAAGAGGAAUCUUGAGUUCCUGCAGAAAGAACAAAUCUAACUUCCAUGCUAUUUCUUCCCUUUUUCUGCUGUGAACGAAGGGAGACCGGGAACUGGACGAGGUUCGGAUUGGGAUCUUUCAUCCAACGCCUUGUUCUUUCGCAACUGUUUUCUUUUCCCCAAAAAAAUAAAGAUAUUUGGGGUUCAGAA